AUGCUCCAUAGCUUCUUCGACGAUUUCUGCGCGGAUUUGCCAGAGACCAUUGAACAGAUUCUUGUGGUAACCGACAACGCCGGAGCUAUCCCAGAAGAAGUGGUCCAAAGCGGCAAAGAAAAGGAGAAGCGCAGCAGCAACCGAUGGGAGAGUGUUCCGGUUCCUUGCUGCGUGGCACAUGCACCGACAACCUCGGAUCAGGCGAAAUCAACCGGGUUUUCCAAGCCUCAGAGGCGUGGUAGCCUCGAAGGGAAAGGAGAAGUCGAUCUGGACUAUGCUCCUGUCACCACGGAUGCAGAGGACCAAACGCAGUCGUUGUGCACCAACUCGGCGCCAAAGAGGCCACAGCGUCGUCAAAGCAUUGGCACUACUACGGGCACAUUGUUCGGGGAGGACAAGAUCUCGCCGUCCUGUUCUUCCUCUCCUGAGUUUGACGUCAAACUGGAUAGGUCUGCGAUGGAGGCCACGGGUAUGAAGCCAACUUGGGGCCCGCAUCGACCCAAGAGGCGUCUGUCGCCACCAGCAGCCUAG